GCCAUGGCUAAUGGAGUUGAAAACAAACUUCAUAUAGUCAUGUUCCCUUGGCUAGCUUUUGGUCAUAUUAUACCAUAUCUUGAACUUUCCAAAUUAAUAGCUCAAAAAGGUCACAAAAUUUCCUUCAUUUCUACCCCAAGAAACAUUGACAGACUCCCAAAACUCCCACUUGAAUAUUCCACAUCAAUAACCUUAGUGAAAAUCCCUCUUUCUCAUGUUGAUGGAUUACCAGAAAAUGCAGAAGCAACUAUGGAUAUUCACACUAAAGAUAUUGUCUAUCUCAAGAAAGCCUUAGAUGGAAUGGAACUUGAAUUAACAAUUUUCUUGGAGAAAACUUCUCCUGAUUGGGUUAUUCAUGAUUUUGCACCUUAUUGGUUAGCACCAAUCACAACUAGGUUAAGGAUUUCUAGGGGCUCUUUUCGAGUUAUUAACGCUUGGUUUUUGGCUUUUUGGGGAUCUACAGACAUGAUGCUCACUGGCUCUAGUAAUCCACCACCAACACCAGAGGAUUUCAUGGUGACACCUAAAUGGAUACCGUUUGAAACUAAGGCGGCUUUUCGUCACCAUGAAGCUAAGUGGGUAGUCGAUGCCGUGCAGAAGAACAUGUCUGGUGUGUCGGACAUAUAUCGUUCUGGGGCUACGAUAAAGGAUGUUGACGUAGUUAUUAUACGUCAGUGUUGUGAGUUUGAAGGUCAGUGGUUGAAGUUACUAGAGGAUCUUCACCAUAGGCCUAUAGUUCCGAUGGGAUUAAUGCCACCUUCAUUGGACAAUAGUGACAACAAUGGAACUUGGACAUGCAUCAAAGAAUGGCUAGAUGGACAUAGCAAAGGGUCCGUAGUUUACGUAGCGUUAGGGACUGAAGUCACUAUUGGUCAGAGUGAAAUCAACGAGUUGGCCUACGGGUUGGAGUUGUCUGGGGUACCGUUCUUCUGGGCUCUGAGGAAGCGAUCUAACUCAGGACACAUGGAUUACGUUGAGCUGCCUGAUGGGUUUGAGGAGAGAAUACAUGGUCGAGGUAUAGUAUGGAAGAGUUGGGUACCUCAGUUGAAGAUACUAAGUCACGUGUCAGUUGGUGGAUUCUUGACUCAUUGUGGAUGGAGCUCGAUAAUAGAAGGGUUAAUGUUUGGUCACCCGUUGAUUAUGUUGCCAUUUUUGGUUGAUCAAGGUUUGAAUGCAAGAAUCCUAGAGGAUAAGGAGAUUGGUAUAGAAAUACCAAGAAAUGAAGAGGAUGGUUCAUACACAAGGGACUCUGUAUCCAGUUCAGUGAAGUUGGUAAUGGUUGAAAAAGAUGGAAGGAAAAUUAGAGAGAAAGCAAAAGAAAUCAGUUCAAUAUUUGGGAAUAGAAGGCUACAUGAUAAGUAUAUAGAAGAUCUAAUUCAGUUCUUGGAAGAUCAUAGAAAAAUGGCCAAUGGGGCAUAG